AUGAGCGUGCCUUUUACAGUGAAAGCGCUACAUGAUUACAAAUCCGAUUACGACGAUGACUUGCAGUUUGCCGCCGGCCAGGUGAUCACCGUCACGGACAUCGAGGAUGACGAAUGGUACUCCGGCACUUAUGGCGGACAGUCCGGAUUGUUUCCGAAAAACUUCGUG